GAAGAAGAAGAAGAACAGUUCCGGGUAGCAGGUGACGGUUGUAUAUUUUGCUGUGGGUCAAAUCGGUCCGGGCCCAAAAUUCCUGAAUAUUCCUGAAUUUACUUUAAUUCAAUUCGGUAUUUUACCGAGACCUGGACCUGGAUGUCUUCAGUCUAAAGACCCUGAUUAUUCCCGUUGACCGGAUCCUCAGUCUUGGUCCUCCCGAACCUCGUCACCGACCCUCCGAUGGCCUCCAGGCGGCCGGACAGCUUCGACGGACUCGGCUUUCGCGGCCGCGAUGAUCCGCUCUACGGAGCGAGUUACCCGGUGAGGAGCGCCGGAGGCCCCGCGGAGCUGCACCCUCACCACUGGGUCACCACCCCGCCGGACAUCCCGGGGAGCCGAAACCUGCACCACGGAGAGCGGACACCGCAGUACGACGAGGCGCUCGGAGAGCCCGGAGGACCCGCAACCGCGGCCGGGUGGGACGCUCCGCAGCCCGGUGUACCUCCGGCCGGUGGGUCGGUGUGCGGGGACGGAGGGUGGGAGGCUGGGCAAACGAGGGGGGUCAGCAGGAGGACUGAUUUAUGAUAAAAUACUGAUGAUAAUAUUAAUGUAAUAAUAAUAAUGAUAAUAAUUAUAAUUAUAAUAAAUUAAGUUAUCAGGCAAGGUACCGGUAUUAAAGGGACCAGAACUAAAGGUACUAACAGAGCUAACAGAUAAGAGAUCCAGAUCUGAUCAGUGGUCAUUUUUCGGACUCUCUGGUUGUUCAGUAAUCAGAAGGGGUGGGAGAACAAAUCGAUUCACCUAAGUGUCACGAUUUAUGUUCAAAAAUCUUUUUUUUUUCUUAUAUUUCAGAAUAAAUUUUAAAAACUGACUGACAUGUGAUGUGUAUUUUUUGGGGAAAUAUGGUUCCUGGAGUAGUCAGUAGACAAUCAUAAUCAUUCAACUGUUUUAUUGGUGUUAAAAAAGCAGACUAAAGAUCGGUAAAAUCUGCAAUAUCGUAGAACUGCAAUUUAAAUCAAAUCGGCAUCCAAAAAAUCAUAAAAGAAUCAAAUUAGGAGAAAAGCAUAUCUCAGCCUGACUAACCAGGUCAGAGAGAGGAAACAGCUGACUGAAAUGGAGGAUUACAGAAAUGUUCAUGUUCAAAAUCCAAACCUUGACGUUGAAUCAUGUUUUAAAUCAGCAAGUUUUUAUUUUGGUGAUUUUAAUGCUGAUCUGUUCUUUCAGAGCAACUGAAUCGAUUUGCAGGGUUCGGGAUCGGACUGGUCAGGUGAGAGAAAACUCGAGUUUUUAUUGGAUUAAAGUCACUUUAAUGUUUCUUUAUAAAACUAACUGACAGGAUGUUAGAGACUGUGCCUGACAGACAACACUGAGGGACCACAGUCAAUACACAACCUGUCCGUGUGUGUGUAUGUGUGUCAGCAGCCUGUUCACAGAGAAUGUCCUCGCUCACCCCUGUAUCGUCUUCCGCAGACAGUGUCAGGUAUGAGCUCACCUUGUAUCAGUACCUGCUGCUCUCUGAUUGGCUGAUUGAACAUUGUUAUAUUCUGAUAAUGAUGUUUAUGAUGUCACAGCUCAUUAAAGAUGUUCAAGAAUAUUUAAUGAUGAAAUUAGGUUUCUCUUGCCGCACUCUGAUUGGCUGUUUGUCUUAGGUGAACUACCACGCCCGCUGUUACCACCUGACUCCAUUCAGUGCGGUCGCAGUGAUGUACUCGAUCACAAAAGCUCAGGUAAGAGUCGUCACACAAAAAUGAUAACGGCGAAUUCAACAAGCUGACAGAAACGUAUAAAUAAGAAAACACAGGUCUGGAGCCUAUUCUACGACGCAGGAUUACUGCUUAGUGAGGUAACUUCGAGGGUAAGUUCGGGGUUUCCUGUUCUACGACGCGGGUUCACUUCUUAGUGAGGCGAGUCUCCAUGGCAACGGACACUUAACGGCUAACCUGCUCCGGGGCAGGUUUGGUUCCAGAUUGAACUCACUGAGUAUAAAAACCCCGCCCACUGACCAAUGAACUCUCUCGAAAAAUGGCUUGUCCGUUCUUGUAGGAUCCUAUAGACCUUGGUGCUCGCAUUGUCCGAGGAGCACUCCGGCGCGCAAGAGUUUUCAGGGACCGCACGGACCUACUUACUUUUCCAGAUGACCACCUUUAUGAAAGGCUCACAUGGCCUACAUAUCACACAAAAAAUGCAAGCACGAUAGGAAUUAACAAUUGAAUGAAUUCAUCUUUGAAAUGAUUUAGAUGUCUGGAGCACAUUAAAAGCGCCUGUUGAACAAUACUAUUUCUGGGUGAUGAUGGCAUCAAAGAUUUUUUGCACACUAUACUUACGCAUUGAGACUAUCGGUAAUUUUCUGCCAGUAUUCCUUCUGUGCUUUUGCAGCGGUGGCGGUGUUGCUUUUGAAGUUAAUGAUAGAUUUGAAUUCUUCGUACUUUCUCAUGAUCGUCUCCUGCUCCUCGUUUGUAAAGUACGCGCUCCUUCACUCUCCGGCCUGCACUGAGGCUCCAGACUGGUCCAUAUUCGCGAUUGGUCAGAUGUGGCGGGCUCCGCCUUACAUGCGUGCACGCGCUCAUAGCAAAGCUGGAUCCACUUACAAGGUCGAUAAGACAGACAAUGACUACUGCGCUAAGUUGAGCGAGGUAGCUCCAAGGCUACCUCGCUAGGUUGAACUUGCUUCGUAGAAUAGGCCCCUGAUCAGUGAUUGAUUUUGUUUUGUUUUUUUCUUUUUUUUUUUCUGUAUGUGGCCACGCAAGGUGGCAGCCUGUUACAGCAACUCCCGAGUGUUUUAUACUUUUGUAUCUUUUUCUCUUUCAUUUCUGUCCAGACACGUGUGUCUUCACCAGUUAGUGUCUAACUACUUUUGACUUUUUUUUUUCACUUUUCUGGCCGUCUUCUGGACACUUUUUGGCACUUUCGUACUGAUGGCAAUGGAGGUUCACAGAGGCGACGGUGAUAGCUUUGUUUACACGCGCAAUCAGCUGAUUGCGAUGAGUAAACCUGUGCUGCUGCCUGGAGCGAGGCCCGACAUCCUGGAGGAGCUGCGGAGGAGACGCUGGGGGUGCAGAGCAGGAGCCAAGCUGAGGGCAAAGAAGAGGAGAUUUCGCCCAGCUGUACCAGCGAUUAUCACAGGGAACGUGAGGUCUUUGGGGAAUAAGACAGACGAGCUUGCUGCGCUGAUUAAGACUCAGAGGGAAUACCGUGAGUGGAGCAUCUUUUGUUUCACUGAGACAUGGCUGCACUCGCAUAUCCCGGACCACAGCGUGGCGGCACCCGGCUUCAGCGUUGUUCGGGCGGACAGAGACGUUAUUAGCAGCGAUAAGAAGAAGGGAGGAGGGAUUGCACUGUAUGUGAGUGAGAGGUGGUGUAAUCCCGGACAUGUGCAUGUGAAGGAACGUCUCUGUGAACCGGACAUUGAACUGUUUGCUGUCGGAAUGCAUCCGUAUUACCUGCCCCGGGAAUUCACGUCAGCCAUUCUGAUCGCUGUUUACAUCCCUCCAUCCCACCAUGCACCGACGGCCUGUGAUGUCAUCACCUCCACCGUUGCCAGGGUACAGACUCAACAUCCCAAUGCCUUCACUGUUAUUACUGGAGACUUUAAUCAUGUGUCACUGGACAGAGUACUGCCAACUUUUCACCAGUAUGUUGACUGCCCCACCAGAGAAAAUAAAACCCUGGAUCUACUGUAUGCAAACACCAGUGAUGCAUACAGCACCACAGCCCUCUCCCCCCUUGGCAGAUCAGAUCACAACCUGGUCCUGUUAACACCUAAGUAUGUCCCCAUUGUUAAGAGGCAGCCUAUUCACACCAUGACGAUGAGGAGGUGGACUGAGGAAGCUGCUGAGGCACUGCAGGACUGCUUCGAAUCAACGGACUGGGAUGUACUCUGUGAGCCACACGGGGAGGACAUCAACAAAAUGACAGACUGCAUCACAGAAUAUAUCAGGUUCUGUGAGAACUCCAACAUCCCAAACCGGACUGUAUGCUGCUUCCCCAACAAUAAGCCAUGGAUCACCAGUGACCUGAAAGCCUUUCUUAAUAAGAACAAGAGGGCUUUCAAGUCUGGUGACAGAGAGGAGCUGAGGAGAGUGCAGCAUGAACUCAGGGAGAAACUGAGAGGGUGUAAAGACACCUACAAGAGGAAGCUGGAGGCCAAACUCCAGCAAAACAACACACACACACACACACACACACACACACACACACACACACACACACACACACACACACACAAACACACAUGACCGUGACUACAGGCCAGGUUAGGAGACAGAUGGAGAGACUCCACCAGAGGAAGGCAGCAGGACCUGAUGGCAUCGGCCACAGGGUCCUGAGGACCUGCGCCAGCCAGCUGUCUUCUGUCAUCCAACACCUCUACAACCUGAGCCUGAGUAAAGAGAGAGUCCCAGUGCUGUGGAAGACGUCCUGUCUCGUUCCUGUCCCAAAGAAGUCGACUCCAUCUGACCUCAAUGACUACCGACCAGUUGCCCUAACAUCCCAUCUGAUGAAGGUGCUGGAGAGGUUGGUCUUGGCCCACCUGAGGCCGCAGGUGAAGGAGCUCUUAGAUCCUCUACAGUUUGCCUACCAGCCCCAUUUGGGAGUUGAUGAUGCUGUCACGUACCUGCUGCAACAAGCUCAUUUGCAUCUGGAUGGUGGUGGCAGCACUGUGAGAAUAGCCUUCUUUGAUUUCUCCAGUACUUUUAACACCAUCCAGCCAUUGCUGUUGGGUGAGAAGCUGCAGGUGAUGGAUGUCGACACCUCCAUUGUCUCCUGGAUCACUGACUACCUGACAGACAGGCCACAGGUUGUCUGUCUGGGCAGUGUUCUGCCUGAUGUGGUGGUCAGUGAUGCUGGAGCCCCACAGGGGACUGUGCUGUCCCCUUUCCUUUUCACCUUGUACACCACUGACUUUCAGCACAACUCCAAGUCAUGCCACCUACAGAAAUUUUCGGAUGACUCGGCUGUUGUUGGGUGUGAAAGCGAGGGAAGGGAUGGGGAGUACAGAGCAGUGGUGGAUAACUUUGUGGAGUAGGCUGGACGCAGUCACCUGAGGCUGAAUGUCACCAAGACCAGAGAGAUGGUCAUCAACUUCAGGAAGAAGAGGAUGGCUUCACAGCCGCUGUGCAUCCUGGGAGAAGAUGUGGAGGAGGUGGAGGUCUACAAGUACCUGGGCGUCUAUAUCAACAACAGACUGGACUGGAAAUCCAACACCGACGCUGUCUACAAGAAGGGGAUGAGCAGACUCUACUUCCUGAGGAAGCUGAGAUCCUUCAACGUGUGCAGCAAGAUGUUGGAGAUGUUCUACCAGUCUGUGGUGGCCAGCGUACUUUUCUUUGCCGUGGUUUGUUGGGGGAGCAGCAUCCAAGCCAGUGUCACCAACAGACUCAACAAACUGAUCAGGAAAGCUGGCUCCGUGAUUGGCUGCAAACAGGACACUGUGCAGGCUGUGGUGGAGAGGAGGACACUGAACAAACUGUUAUCCAUCACGGAUAACCCUGACCACCAUCUCCACCUCACUCUGGGAAGACAGCGGAGCUCCUUCUCCAACAGACUGUUGCAGCUUCGCUGUCGAAGGGACAGAUACAGGAAAUCUUUCCUGUCAGACAGGGACUCACAUCUGUCUGCUGUAUAGUCCAUUUUUAAAACUCCUACCACAUCACAUUACUGAGCACCUUAAUUUGUCUGUUUAUUUAUCAUCCCAUCUGUAUAUUUCGCAUUUCAUAUUUAUUACUCAUUUCAUAUUUAUUACUCAUUUCAAUAGCCCACUUUCUUCGUAUCUCACAUUACGAGUAUAUUUAGUCUGUAUUUAUUGUAUAUACUUAGUAUUUUUAGUCUGUAUUGUACUUACUUUUUAUAUUUAAUUUUUUUUUUCUGGUGUAACUUGAAUUUCCCAAUUUGGGAUCAAUAAAGUAUAUCUAUCUAUCUAUCUAUGUAUCUAUCUAUCUAUCUGAUGUUUGUUUUUUUGUCUGUUUUUGUUGCUUUCUGUGAUUGGUUGUUGAUGUUUGUUUCUUUUUUUUGUUGUUGUUUGUUUACUGUUGUUGUUGUCGGUGCGUUUCAGGGUCCUAAGGCUCUGUGGAAAGGGAUGGGAAGCACCUUCAUUGUCCAUGGUAUCUCAUUGGGCGCUGAGGGCAUCAUCAGUGAGCUCACACCGUUACCACGGUAACCAUCAACCCUGUCAUGUUGCAGAAAAGAAACAAAAAAUGAGUCUGUAGCAUGGUUCUCUGACUGAAGUGGUUUUGUUUUUUGUUUUUUGGACUGCAAUGGUGUUGUUGUUGUUUGUGGGACUGUAACGUUGUUGUUGUUGUUUGUUUGACUGUAAUGUUGUUGUUUGUUUGACUGUAAUGUUGUUGUUUUGUUGUGGUUUGUUUGACUAUAAUGUCACUGUUGUUUGUGGGACUGUAAUGUUGUUGUUGUUUGCGGGACUGUAAUGUUGUUGUUGUUGUUGUUUGUGGCACUGUAAUGUUGUUGUUGUUGUUUGUCAGACAUUGUUGUUACUGUUGUUUUUUCGGACUCUAACGUUGUUGUUUGUCGGACUGUAACGUUGUUGUAUGUUGAACUGUAAGGUUGUUUUUGUCGUCAGAUUGUAACUUUGUUGUUGUUGUUCUCGUCAGACUGUAACUUUGUUGUUGUUAUUGUUGUUGUCAGACUGUAACAUUGUUGUUGUUUGUCAGACUGUAACGUUGUUUUUUUUUUCGUUGUCGUUGUCAGGGAGCUCCCUCACAGGUGGAGUUGGAAUCAGCUGGCCGGUCAUCUUUUGCUUAAAGGGUCAGUUUCCGUUUUUUCUUCCUGGUUUGUUUUUUCUUCUUCUGAAACUUUCUGUUAAACUCGACCCUGUCUGUCUGUCUGUCUGUCUCUCUUUCUCUUUCUCUCUCUCUCUCUCUCUCUUUUUCUCUCUCUGUAUCUCUCUUUCUCUUCUGCCCCCUGCAGGUUAACAGCUGUAGUGGCUCUUCCUUUUUACUGCGCCAGUCUGAUUGAGACCGUUCAGGUUUGUAAUAAAUAAAUAACUGCUGUUGUUGUCAGUGAUAUAUGGUUGUUUGUCCUGAUGAUCAAAAGAUGGCAUCUAACUGAAGUGUCCUUCCUCCUCUCCUCUCCUCUCCUCCCCCUCCUCCUCCUCCUCUCUCUCUCUCUACUUCUCUUUCCUCCUCCUAUCUCUUUCUCCUCAUCUCUCUCCUCCUCUCUCUCUCCUCCUCCCCUCUUUCUCCUCUCUCCUCCUCCUCCUCUUCCUCUUCCUUUUCCUCUCUCUCCUCCUCCCGUCUCCUCAGAGUGAGAUUGUUCGUGACGAGGCGUCGUCAGGAUUACUCGAUUGUCUCCGUGAAGGACUGACUCGUCUGUUGGGUGUCGGCGCUCCUCACAGCCGCCGUCUUCUUCCUCUCAGCUCUCUGCUCCUUCCUGCCGCCCUUCACUCCAUCAUGCGCUACGCCAUCGCCGCCUCUGUCCAGCGGGCAGCGCUGUGGCUGCACCAGCGAAGCGACAAACAGCGUAUGGACCCCUCCAACCCGCUGGACGCAUACUUCCCAGAGCUGGCUGCGGCGUGGGCAGGCUCUCUGGUGGCUGAUGUGGUGCUGUUUCCUCUGGAGACGGCGCUGCACCGCCUCGGCUUGCAGGGCACACGCACCAUCAUUGAUGCGACUGAUGGUGUGGUUGCCGUGGGAAAUGGAGGCAGUCCGCUGGUUCUGCCCGUCAACACGCAGUAUGACGGCUUCUCCGACUGCCUCCAUUCUAUUCACCGCAAAGAGGGCAGGGCCGGGUUCUACCGCGGCUUUGGAGCGCUGGUGGCGCAGUACGCGCUGCACGGUGCGCUGCUCGCUGCAGCCAGGACACUGCUGAGGCUUCUGCUGCUGGAGAGCAGGGCGCGCUAGAGGCUUUACCAUGGAGACACAGACGCAGCUCCUGCUCAGAGGUCAGAGGACAGUUCGUCAAGAUUAUAGAUGUAAACCUGUCAGAACCUUUAAUUAAUCAACACAAACGAACUGACAGACAGACCGUCACCAUGGCAGCCACAGGAAGCAAAACACUCUUAUAACACCAUAGCAACCACAUGUCAGGUUCACCAUAGCAACCAAACAUCUGUGAGGUUAGUUGAGUUUAACGUAACGACGUGAAACCUCACGCUAACUCUGAAAGUUUGUGUCACUUCCUGACGUCGCUUCCUGAUGUCACUUCCUGAUGUCACUUCCUGUCAUGUGUCAUGAGUGUCAUGUUGGUCAUUUUUUGCCAUGGGGACUUAUGUUGACCUCCUGUUCCAGCAUGAAAGCAUGACCUCUUAAACCCGUGAUCACAUUAAUAAUAAUAAAACCUUUAGGAUGAAAUGCUGAAAUCUGAUUGGUCCUCAGCCUGAGUAAUGGUCAGUGGGCGGAGCUUCUGUGUUUGUAAAAAUCUGUAAAAUAAAAGAAAAAAAUCUCUGUGAGUAUAAAGAGUUAUAAAGAUAUAUUAAAUAUUCUGUUUUCAGUGUUUAAAUGUUUCGUAAAAGUUAAAAUAGAAAAAUCAGAUCAAAGUUUUUUUUUGUUUAUUUAAGGUUACAGUCUUUUUUCUGCUGUUUGGUCAUGAACGUCACCGUGAAACUUUGUGUGUUAAUAAAGACAAGCGACACAAACAGAUUUAAUUUCACAAACUCAGUCUGCUGCCUCUGUAAAUAAAUGUGAUUAAAAAUGAAUCAAUAAACAUAAAUAAAUAAACAGACUUACAGAGAACAAAGUGUGUGUU